AUGGUGUCUUUCAUCCAGGAACAUGUGCAACGAGAGGACUCUGUGGGCUCUUAUCAUGGGCUCGACUAUCAGCAGGCUAAGGGCAAGUGGAAUCCUGGGUACAUUCGGCCGACGAAGGUCACUGUCCCGAACAUCGAUUCCCACUCUGAAGCCGACGGCUUUGCAGGAGGCGAGACAUGGGUAGUCUUCCAAUCAAUCAUUCAAACACAAUACGAUCAAUAUUUUUCUCUGAAAUCGGCUUUCCGUCAUGUCUGGAAGAAUACCAUUCGCACGCCUUCGAGCCUGAUCGAAAUGGCAUUGGUUUGGAGAUGGAGGAAGAUUUCAACUGCGGGGCAGAUACCGGAUGCUUUCUGCGAGAUGGACCAUGUUGCAUCCAGCACCCAGUGGUAA